UGUCAAAAAAGUUGUAACUUCUGUGAUUGUGUGGAAUUUAUUUUUUAAACACGAUUGUUAAAUUGUACAAUGAUUCACACGCUUUCGCAAAAUUGAACAUAGCAGUUUCCUAAUAAUGUAUUGAAUUUAAAUUGUUAUAUGUGAGCUGUUUCGCGGGCGACAAGUGCAGCGCCGUUUGUGAAUUAAUGAUUUGAAUCAUAAUGAAAGCGUAUUUAAAAUAACUUAGAGGAGGCGAAGUGUGAAGAGAGUUUGUUGUGGCCAGUGUUAGUGUUGAAAUUGUGUUGGAGAUGGCAGAAAACGGGGCGUUUGUGGCCAAGCCGGUCCGUGGUUGGAUCCACCCGGACUCCGUUCUAGCGAGCGACGGCAUAACAUAUGCGGUCCGGUACAUUGGCUGCAUGGAGGUGCUGACUUCUAUGAAAAAGCUGGAUUUUGAGACCAGAUCUCAAGUAGCAAAAGAAUGCAUAGCCCGGGUUUGUGCAGCAGCAGGCUUAAGGUCUGCAGAUAAAAAGCGCAGAGUCGGCCAAGCUGCAGCUCGAGCUUUAGCGGCAAAGCCCCGCAUGGCACAUUCUGGAGCCAAUGUGGCCCUGACCAUCUCAUCCAAAGCCAUAACUUUAGCGGCACUUGAGGGACACGAGACAGUUGCCCGACAUGACAUGCCAAGAGUGUCAUUUGCGUCUGGCGGUGAUGCGGACUCUCUAGACUUUGUAGCAUAUGUAGCCAAAUCAGCACCACCUUCAGAAUGGAGGGCAUGCUAUGUAUUAGAGUGUGGAGGGAGACUAGCCCAGGAUGUCAUUGCGACCAUUGGACAAGCUUUUGAACUCCGCUUCAAGGAAUUCUUGACAAAACCUUCCUCACUUAACCUAAAUGGCUCCCGACCACUAGAAGAUCGUGAGUACUACAACGACAUGCCAGACAAGAUGCCGCCAGAGCCGCCGUCGCAUCGCCACCCGCCGCCGCCGCCUCUGCAGCCGAUCCAGCCUAUGUCCUCAUGUGAGGAGAGUGUCCGGCACUACGUGAACCAGACGCCGCCGCCGCGCACGCCUCCGACCGCAUUGCUCCCCAACCAUCACACUGACAUUUUCGACAUGCAACCAUUCACAGCCGCGCCAGUAACAUCGCCUGCGACGACUUCGGCAACCUCCAGCUCGUCAGCGGAGCAGCCUCUGUCAGCGGCUGAACAAGCCGCGUUGUUAGCCAGGGAGCCAUGGUUCCACGGGCCCAUAGCUCGGAGCACUGCUGAAAAGCUGGUGUGUGCGGACGGCGAGUUCCUGGUGCGCGAGUCGGCGGGCAGCGCGGGGCAGUUCGUGCUGACGGGCGCGCGGCGCGGCGCGCACAAGCACCUGCUGCUCGUCGACCCCAACGGCGUGGUACGAACAAAAGACCGCGUGUUCGAGAGCGUUCCGCAUCUCAUCAAGUACCACUGCGCCAACGAGCUGCCCAUCGUGUCGGCCGACUCCGCGCUGCUGCUGCGCAAGCCCGUGCCGCGCGCGCACGCGCGAGACUCCUGAGACACGCGCCGCGACAAGCACAAGCACAAACCGCCCGACCACCAGGUUAACGUGUGAAUUUCUCAGCAACCUAGUCAGCAUCAAAAAGUAGCGGGUGAAACAACUCAUCAAAUAGUAUCUAACUUCCUGAAUAACUUUUCUAAAUAUACAUGGUGCUCGUGAGCAUUGAGAGAUUUUAACAGCAUAUUCCUAAUCCCGUUUUAAGACUAAAAUGUCAUAUAUACUUUUCUGGAUUUCGCCUAUUUUCAGAGUUUAUACCAAUAGAAAAAAAAAUCUUAUUUUUACUCAA